AUGAUAAAAGAAAAAUAAAAAAUUAGGAAUCAAUUUCAUUGCUAUACUAAAGAUUACUCAAUUACUUUAUUCUUUCUCUUCCAAUUAAUAAUUAAUAUACUUGCAGUUACUUAUGAUGCAAGAAGACAACUAUAUUCGGUAGUCAUUUGUUCGAUUAAUGGAUUUCUUGCUUUGUAAUAAUUAAUUCUGCCAAAAGAAAAGGCUAUCCUCUAUUAAUAAAUUUGCAUAUUAGUGAGUAAAGUAGCGACAAUUGUGCUAAUAAUUAUUGUCGGCCCUGAUUUAUCUAUUUUAAUAAUAGCCUUAUUCGAGCGUUUAGAUUUAAUAACAUCUGGGAAAGGUACAUUUAAAUAAUUUGAUCACAUCCUCUUGCGAUUUAUAACCCUGAUCAUAAUGAUAUUUAAUUUUAAUUUGUUUUUAACAAUAACACUUUCGUACUCCAUUUUGAUUGAAAUAAAUAAACUCAUAUUAGAAAGAUCGACUUAAAAUAAAUAAAUACAUUACAACACUACCAGUAGUUAUCAAAAUACAAUUAAAGCGUCAGACUAAGAAUGGAAUUAUCGUUUAAAUUUGAUUCCCCAAUGCUUUAUGGUGAUAAAUUUGCCGAGUCUUAAGGUUACUUAUAAAAAUAACUAUCUUUACACUUAUUUUAAACAAUGCUACGAAAAUGAUGACUAGUUAGAUGAGUUGAUAUUGCACAAAUUGCAAUUCAGUGUAAUAUAGGAUAAGAUUGAUAAAAUCAAGCAAUUUUUCGAUAAACCCAAAAUCAACUAGAGAUAGGUGAAGAAACAAUAAUUAUGGCAAUAUAAAAGUGAUUCAAUUUCUCUUUAAUAAUAAUCGCCAUAAUAAAAAUAAGAAUAAUCAAAGGGUGGCGACUCUUUGGAAUUCCUAACCACUUCUCAGUAUUCCAUCUUUGAUAUUUUAACAAAUCUCAAACAAAACAAUGUUUCUGAUUAAUAACAACUUAAUAGUCACGUUGAGAUCUACUCGGAUCAAAGUUGGCAAUCAAUUACUAUAAAUUAUAAUUAUUCUUUUUCGCCAAAAAAACUAUAAUUAUCAGGUUAAAUCAUAUUCUCUGAGCAAGAAGGAGAAGUGUUACUAACUCUGACCGAUAUUUCAAAAUAAAAUGAACUGUAAGAAUUGAUUUCUAAUUCUGAGUUUAAAUCUAAGAUCAUAGAGUCUUUUUCACACGAAUUAAGAACUCCAUUGAAUAGUGCUCUCAAUUUUCUAGUGUCUUGCCAUUACGAUAAAGAUGUCUAGGAGUCGGUUAAAGAAGAUUAUUUAUAACCAGCAAUCAACUCCUUAAAAUUGCAAUCCUACAUUAUUAGUGACAUAAUAGAUUUAUCAUAAAUUUCAACCAAUAAUUUUAUACAAUCUGUAAGCGAAUUUUCUAUUAGACGAUUACUUAACGAGAUAAUCUUUUUAUUUAAAACCUAAUUUGAAAUGAAAAGAAUAGAACUAAAGAUAAACUUGCUUGAAUGUACCACUUCCAAAUUUACAUCUGACUACUUAAGGCUCAUUUAAAUCAUCGUUAAUCUAUUACAGAAUUCCUUAAAAUUUUCAUCGGAAGGAGUUGUCGUAUUGCAAUUGUCAACCACUUAAAAUUAAGGCUUAAGAGUCUGUGUCUCUGAUCAAGGCAUAGGCAUAGACAACGAUCAUCUUAAUUAAUUACAAUUACUUUUAUAAAAUAUUGAGCAGUACAAAGAUAUUUAAUUAAAUAAGACAUGGUAAGGAUUUGGUUUACUAAUUUCUGCCAUACUAGUUAACUAAUUAGCACCAAAGGAGAAUAAAUUUUUAUAGAUUCAUUCCUCUGGCCAAUAUUAAGGAUCACAAGUCUGGUUUUACGUUGAAAAUUAACACAGAAUUGAGAGACCUAGAUAAAACACCUUGAGAUAGAGUUCCUCUAGAUUCUAGAGUUCUCAUGAUGAGUAGAUCUUUAAUCUAGAAAUUAAUUGUGCAAUAUUUUAGGCAACAGAUUUCAGCAACAUAGCUUUAUCGAAGUAAUCUAAUUAAUAUGGUAAGAGAAAAGAAUUUGUUAAAAAUGAUUUCAACUGCACUGACAGUUAAUCAUUUGAAUCUUUAUAAUUCAAAUAUGGGUAACUGUCACCUCUCUCACCUUCAUUGAUCACAGACAAAUUAUUUAAGUAUUCAAAGUAAGAUGAUUUCUAAAAUAAUCAUUAAGUCAUAAAUCUAAAAACCAUAUUUCAAGCUGAAAUCAAAGAGGAUUAAUAGUUUUUGAAAACCUUUCAAAAAAAGAAGAGAUGUUCUUGUCAAAAUCUGUUGUCUGUUGAUGAUGAAAUAUUUAAUUAGAAAUCAAUUUAAAUUUUGUUAGCCAAACUGGGGUUCGAUGUGAUACUUGCAUUUAAUGGAGCUGAGGCCAUUAGAAUUGUGGAGGAUGCCAUUCCGUGCAGUCCAAAAUGCUAAUUAUUCACCAUAAUAUUGAUGGACUACCAGAUGCCGAUUAUGGAUGGAUGUACAGCUACUACCAGAUUAAUAGAGAUGAUGCAUAAGAAAUAAAUCCCAAAAAUUCAUAUCAUCGGAUUAACUGCUUUUACUAAUGCAACUGACAUUUCAAAUUGUAUUAAGGCUGGCAUGAGUGAUGUGUUAUCAAAACCUUUGAAUUUGAAAGAGCUGAAGGAAAUUUUGACUCUGAUUUGA